CGCUCACUGUAAAUGCCCAAAAAUAGAUACCUCAUUCCCUCCCCAUAAAAGGAAAACAUGAGGAGGACUCGAGAAGCUCAUCUCUCUCGCUCCCCCCUUUCUUUUCUUCCCCUGAUGAUCCAUCUCCCCUCGUAAUAUCUGAGUUGCGGCUAACAGAAGAAGCUCCUGACAGGCCUAGCUACCCUCCUUAAAUUUUCAGUGUCUCGGAAUUCAAAAGAAGACAUGGGGAGAGGGAAGGUGCAGUUGAAGCGCAUAGAGAACAAGAUCAGCCGGCAGGUGACCUUCUCGAAGCGCCGCAAUGGUCUGCUCAAGAAGGCGCAGGAGAUCUCCGUGCUCUGCGACGCCGAGGUAGCCCUCAUCGUCUUCUCCACCAAAGGAAAGCUCUACGAGUAUUCCUCCGACUCCAGCAUGACAAGGAUCCUUGAACGCUACGAAAGAUACUCGCAUACAGAGGGGGACCCUGUGGUAACCGACCUUGACUCACAGGAAGGCUGGCCUGUUGAAUAUAAGAAACUGAGGUCCAGAUUUGAGCUGCUUCAGAAAACCCAAAGGCAAUACAUGGGGGAAGAACUUGAGCCUUUGAGUAUAAAGGAGCUUCAUCAGCUAGAACUGCAGCUUGAUUCCUCUCUAAAACGCAUUCGACUGAGGAAGACACAGCUCUUGCUGGAUUCCAUUACUGAACUUCGCAAAAAGGUGAGCAACCAGGCAAUGUCUCUCCAGCAGCAAAAUGAGGAUCUAGCAAGGAAGGUUCAGGAGAAGGCAGCAACUUUAGAUAAACUGCAGGCAGCAGGUUCUGAACAGGUGCAGAGACGAGCAGUUGCCUUCCUCUUUAACAAGCUUCCUUCAUCUCUCAGUAAUGGAAGGCAUGCAAUAAGAAAUGGAGAGGCAGAGGAGGAGAUGGUGGAGAUGGCGGAGACGGUGGAGGAGGAGGAAGAGGACUGUCCAGAGCAAGUGCACCUGCAGCCUCAACAAAAGGGUGAUGACCUGCUUAUGCCUCCUCCUCCUUCUCCCUGGACUCUUCAGCUCAUAUGAAUGUGCUUACAUAUCUUAUGAAAUUGCAUUUCCUGAUACCCACAUUGUUAUGGCCCCUUUUAAUUUUCACUUAUCAUCAGAAAUGCUCCUAUGGUCAUCCUCUAAGACUGUAUUUGUGAAUCUGUGAUAAAGGCGCCUUUGCCAUCCUUUCAUCGUUCAUGAUGUAAAUAUGAAUGAUGGAUGGCUUACUCUAGAAGCCACAUGUAUGAAACUUAUUUUAAUGACA